AGUUUCAAAUUAAAUCCAAAUAGAACUUAGUCAUUCCCUUCCUCAAGGAAGCAAUAUCAGCCUCACACUGUUUAUCUUCCUCUAUAAAAUCAACAAGAGAGAAUGACAGAGAGUGAGCGAAAAACAGAGAUGGUAGCCUCAGAGAAGAAAAGCAAAGGCCAUGCUCUUGUGCUACCAUACCCAAGCCAAGGCCACAUCAAUCCCAUGCUCCAAUUCGGCAAACGCAUCGCCUCCCACGGCCGCCUCGCCACCGCCGCCAUCACUCGCUUCAUCGUCUCCACCACAACUCCCAACGCCGGCCAUGUCGCCAUAGAAACUAUCUCCGACGGCUUCGACGAUGCCGGCUUCGCUUCCAAUUUCUUAACGAACCGAACACGAGCUUUCACAGACAACAUAUACCCGGCUACCAACCAAAUCUUGUUGCAGGAAAUGAACUGGUUAGCUUCAGUGCGACGCGCAAUAACAAUCGGGCCAACAAUACCCUCCGUCUACUUAGACAACCGCAUCCCCGACGACCACAGAUACGCCAUCGAUCUCUUUCGCCCAGAAACCUCUGCCUGCAAAUCAUGGAUCGCUUCGCUCCCACCAGCAUCGGCCAUCUUCGUCUCCUUCGGCAGCAUGGCCACUCUCUCUGCUGCCCAAUUCGCCGAACUUGCCUUCGGUUUGGCUGCAACCAACCGCCCAUUUCUCUGGGUAGUCCGCUCCUCAGAAAAAGCUAAAUUGCCUCCGGGCUUCCCAGACAGCACUGUAAAGAAAAAUGGGGGUAUGUUGGUGAGUUGGGCUCCUCAGCUGGAGCUUCUUGCAAGCGGUAAAUUUGGCUGCUUUGUGACACACUGUGGGUGGAAUUCAACAAUCGAGGGAUUAGGUUUGGGAGUGGCGAUGGUGGGGUUGCCGCAGUGGACGGAUCAAUGUACUGAUGCGAGGUUGGGGGAGUGGAAGGAGGCUUCGAGGCGGGCCAUGGAUGAUGGUGGGAGCUCUGAUCGAAAUAUUACAGAGUUGUUGGAUAAGUUCUGUUGA